AUGGAGAAUAAUCAUGGAAUUAUGGCAGAUAGUUACAAAAUCAGAAGGACCUUUUUUGAUUCAUCUAUUAAGAUAUUAUGCAAUAGUAUAAAAAUAUCAGAACUAGAUGAUAAAAUGACUUCCGGGAAUGCAAUGAUUAAAUUAUGCGAAUUGACUGAAUCUGGUGAGUGUUCUAAAUUACAGAAAGCAUUAGAUAUACUAAUGAAAUAUGGUGACAAUCUAAUUAUAACAGAUAUGAAUGGAACAAAACAUUCAAAUGCAGAUAAUUUAGGAAUAACUAAUGAUGACAUUAAAUUAUUACACCUACUUACAAGAACAUAUGUGUGGAAUAACACAAAUUUUAGUGAGUUUUUUAAAAAUUCAAUUUAUGGUUCAAUUUAUAUUAAAACCAAAAAUAAUGAAAAAUCUUUAUUUUAUUCUAUAUGUAAUUUAUAUGGUGCAGUAUUUGAUAUGCAUACAACUAUAAGUAUAGAAGAUACUGAAUCAUAUAAAACAUAUAAUAUAAAUAAAAUUAAAAAGCAUUUAAACCAACUACAAAACAAAAAGAUAAUAGAUGUUCAUAAUAAUAUUCUAGAAUCUGAUAUAUUUAAUAAUAUAAUCAAAAAUGGACUUACCAUUGAUAAGUUUAAGAAUGGCGUAAUUCAAAAGUAUUUAGAAGCAGCAGAGUAUAAUAUUUCAAUUAUUAAUGGGACAGCUGUUCCAUUUAAGCAUAAAUUUAAAAGGGUAUUAAGUAUUAUUCUAAUAAUAUUUAUAAUUAUUCUUAUAAUUAUUAUGAGUAUAAUUGAAAUAUUCCCUACUGAAACAAAAGAAAUUAUGAAUAAUUUAUUUUUAAAUUGA